CUUCUCGUAGCACAACCAGGAAGUGUUUUAGUAACUAUAUCAACGGAGCUGUUUAUUGACUGAAAUAAAGGAAGAAACGUUUUAAGCUCAAGGCUGAUGGCUCUGCCGACGUUCUCGGUCCAUCUGUCCAGUCGGUCCCGGAUGCUGGCCGAGCAGCUGGCCCGACGGCGGGAGCAGGAGGCUCUGUGGCGCCAGCAGUGGGAGCUACACGCUCGGUACUUCAGAGAGCAGAGCGUCCGCAGCCACAGGCAGGCAGCAUGGAGCUCCCGGGGCUCCUUCCAACAGAGCAUGUCAGCCUACCAUAACCAAAGACUGAAGGAGGAAAAGAAAGCCAACCUGGAGCGGCGCAGACAUCGGCUCAGGGUCAUGCUUCAAGAGGAGCGAGACCAGCUGGAGGCAGAGCUCCGGGACAUAGUCCCUGACCAGGCCGCACUGACAAGUCAGCUGCUGCAGAAAACUGAAGAGCUUCGAUUGGCUAAAGAAGAAAGAAGGAAAAAGGUUGCACAAGAGCUUCUGAAGGAGCACUGGAAGAGAAACAAUCCAGAAAUACGACAGGUGGAGUCAGCAUUGCAUAAAGAUCACGUCGUCAGCUGGUGGCAGGAGCAGAUAUCGGAGAAGAAACAGAAAGAGGUGACAGAACGGGAGGAGAAGAGGCGCUUUGAAAAYGAGUACGAGAGGACUCGGAAAGAGGCUCUGGAGAGGGUGAAGCAAGCGGAGGAGCAGAAGAAAGAGGAGGAGCAGAAGAGGGCAGAAGAGCUUCGGAAACAGAUGGAAGAACUAAAGCUGAGGGAGAAGGAGGCUACUCGCUUAAAAAAAGAGCAAGAGGCGCUGUUAGUUCAGCAGUGGGAGCUGGAGAGGUUGGAGGAGGAAAGGAGGAAGAUGGAAGAGAAACGAAAAAACAUUGAAAUUGGGCGGUUUUUGAUCCGUCARUAUCGAGCUCAGCUGAAGAGGAGGGCCCAGCAAGUCCAGGAGGAACUGGAGGCGGAUUGUAAGAUCCUAGCAGCCCUGCUGGAAGGAGAGGAGGAGGACAGGAGGCUGGAGACGGCACGAAGGGAACGAAGGAUCGCUGACGCCGCCUGGAUGAAACGUGUGAUUGAAGAGCAGCUGGAGCUGGAGCGGGAGAGGGAGGCCGAGUUCGACAUCCUGCACAGAGAAGAAGCUCAGCRCGUGUGGGAGAAACGAGAGGCUCAGUGGGAGAAGGAGAAGAAAGCCAGAGAACGACUCAUGCGGGAGGUGCUCGCAGGGCGACAGCAGCAACUGGAGCUGAAAAUGCAAAAGAAUCGCGAGGCUCAGGAGGAGUCGCUGAAGAGACGCGAGGAGCUGAUCCAAGAGCUGGAGCAGGAGCAGGAGCUCCGCCGCCUGGAGAAGGAGCAAGAAGAGGCCUGGAGAACAGCAAACAUGCAGGAAAUAAAGGCUCAGGUGGGGCAGAAACACCAGGAGCAGUGGGAGGAGCAGCGCAGGAAAGAGGAGGAGGWGGAGCAGGACAGGGAAGCUGUCCGGUUACAAGAGGAGGAUCUGAGACUUGAGGUGCAGAAACUUGCUGAAAAGGGGUACCAAGAAAAGAUUCACAGCAGACCUCGAUCAGCUUGGACUUAAACUGCCUGAAAGACAGAACUCCAACUGAAGUGUGAAACGUUUGCUUCCUGUAGAGAAUUAAUUGAUCGGUUCUUGUCCGUGUGUCAUCCUGUCAGACUUGUUUACUAGCUGAACAGAAACACGUCUUCUUUUACCAGAUUACUGUGACAGAUGGGGAGAAGGCAUUCACAAUAAACUGAAAGCUCAUCAAAUCCUUUUUAAGUGCAAACCAUAAUCUUAUUGAUGAUGACAAGGAUGUUCUUUCAGUGAUUACCCACCUGAUUUCAUCAUCYAAGCAAGUAUUGUGUGCAGAGUUUGAACUUCUUUGUUGGAACAAUUUAUUAGUCCUUUAUUGAAUAUUUUCAUGGUCAGUACGAAGGAGGAACCAUUUUAACUCAAAUCUCAAACUCUGCAGAACGUUUAGUUUGUAAAACCAAAAAAUACAUCUGUAUUUCAGUGCCUUUUARUUUUUUAUGAAACAUUCUUGAAGCUUAUAAAGGCCAGAUGUUGUGUUUAUUAUCAUUAGUUUUCCUUUUUUUUAUUGAAAAGCACUUUUUGAUUUGUUCAGGAACGAAGUUGUUCAGUAUUUUUUAUUGAUUUUAUAGACAUUCUUAUAAAAAAAACUUUUGCAGUCAAAACUGUAGAACAUUUAAAA